AUAAUUAUAAUAUAAUAAUUAUUUAUGACAUGUAAAAUGGAUAAUCGCACUAGCGUUUAUCCAUUAUUCUCGUUUUCAUAACAAGAUCAUAACAUAAUCUCAAAAAUGUAGAUUUUAGUUGAAAUAAAUAAAAUAGUAUAUUAAAAUAAUGAAAACUUCGUAGUUUCAAAUUUAAAUAAUUAUAAUGCCAAGCAAAAAUUUAUCCCUUUGAGAGUAUAUUUCUUUCUUUCUAAUAAUAAGACAAAUAUGUUGUUGAUAUUUUGUUUAUCACAUUGUUUUUAAAACAUAUAAAUGUAAAUGAUGAAUUUUUUAUCCGAUUAUUUAAAUUUGCGGACAGCGCGGCGUAAGUAUUUAAAUUUGCAACCACAAAGUUUCAAUUUUUUUGAUAUUAAAUUUGCUAUUUUAUUUAUUUUAAGUAAAACUUACAUUUUGGAAAUUACAUUAUGAUUUUGUUUUUACAAUGAAAUCUCACUCUCUUAACAUUUUAAUUUAAUAUUAGAUAAAAAUGUAACAGGAUAACGUUUUGUCAAUUGAGUAUAUAUUGCCGGAUAACUUGUAUGAUGUCGAAACGUUUUAAAAAACACAUUUCGGAAUUGAGUAAUCGUCAGUUCCGCCGUCGCAUAACAAGUGAAACGGAAAAAGUGAUGAGAUGUAUUUUCGAGAACAUAAAAGAUAAUGAUGAUUAUGAUGAUAGAGAUGAAGAAACAAGAAAAGAAUUGCUCGAUUUGUACGAAGAACAAUGUACUGUUACGACUGAAUCAUUACAUAGACCAGGCUCUUCUAAACAAGAUCCAUUUGAUAGAUUUUUACAGCAUCAGAAUCAAUGUGAAAAUAAAUUCGAAGAAAUAGUAGAUAUAUUUGAUGAAGAAAAUUGUCAUAUUGAUAUAAAUUGUCUAGAUUCGGAUGAUAAUCCAAUUGAUUCAGAUAUUGAAUGCUUUAAUAAUACAGAUGAUACAACAGUAGUGACACCAUAUCUUCCUGAAUACGAAAAUGUGAUGAGUGAAACGGAGUGUUCUACAAAAGAGCAUAAAAAUAAAGAGAUCGAGAAUACAAAAGAAUUUUUAAGAAAUUGGAAACUGAGGAAUAAUAUUUGUCAUACAGCUGUGACUGAGUUGUUACAUCAUUUCAAAUUGCACUCUUGUUUUCAAACUUUACCAAUACAAUCAAAGACAUUGAUGAAUACUCCUCGCAAUAAAGUAAAUAUCAUAUCCAUGGUACCAGGUAGAUAUAUACACAUAGGUUUACAAAAAGGAAUUACAGAAACAAUUUUAAAUACAAACAAAGAAUUAUUUCUCAGUGGAAUAGAAAUAUCAAUUUUCAUAGAUGGUAUUCCGUUAUUCAAAUCAAGUGCAUCAUUGUGGCCUAUUGUAGGUUCUGUAAAAAAUACUAGUGAUAUUUUUCUUAUUGGAGCUUAUUACGGUCCUGAAAAGCCAUAUGAUAGUAAUCUUUAUUUAAGUGCUACUGUAAAUGAUAUUAAAGAUGUAUGUCAAAAUGGUAUAACAAUUGAAGGAUUACAUUAUAACUGUCGAAUUGUUUCUGUUAUAGCUGAUGCACCAGCAAAAUCAUAUAUUUUAAAUGUCAAAGGUCACUGCGGAUAUUAUAGUUGUACUAAAUGCCAUGUAAAAGGCAAAUAUGCUCAUAGGCGCGUUUAUAUGUUAAAUAAUCAUGAACAAUUGCGAAAUGAUUUUGAAUUUAAAAAUAAAACUGAUCCUAAUUAUCAUUUAGGGCAUAGUAUUUUGACAGACAUUCCGGAUUUUGAUAUUGUUAAUCAAAUUCCUUUGGAAUACAUGCACUUAAUAUGCCUCGGUGUUAUGCGUAAACUCUUAUAUUUAUGGUUAAGUAAAUCAAAACAACCAUAUUCUUUAAAUGCUCAAAGUAUACAACGUUUAUCCGUUUUGUUUGAAAACAUUGCAUCGUUUGUUCCUAACGAAUUUUCACGUAAACCUCGAUCGUUACAAUUAGUUAAAUAUUUUAAAGCAACCGAAUACAGAUUAUUGCUUUUAUAUACCGGUCCUGUUGUUUUAAAAAACAUUUUAGAUAAAAAUUUGUUUAACCAUUUCUUGGUUUUACACGUAUCUGUACGAAUUCUGUGUAGUGAUGAUUAUAGUCAGUACAUCGAAUAUGCAGGUCAACUGUUAGAAAAAUUUGUGGAUGCAAUGCCACAUUUGUAUCAUGAAUCUUUUGUAUCGCAUAAUGUACAUGGAUUGAUACACGUUAUACAAGAUGUAAAAACAUUUGGACCAUUAGACAAUUACAGUGCAUUUAAAUAUGAAAAUUUUUUACAGCAUCUAAAACGAGUAGUCAAAAAGUAUGCGCAACCUUUAGAACAAUUGUAUAAUCGGUAUCAUGAAAUUAAAUCUAACGUGAAAAGGACUGAUUAUCGUACAACUAAACUUGUAGUCAGCGAAUCGCAAAAUACUUAUUGUAUUUUGCCCAAUGGAAAAAGAGCACCUUUGUAUACAGAAGCUAUUUCAAUUAAUUAUCGUUUUCGAGUAAAUACUAUUAAUGAUAAUUGUUGUAUAUUGACAAAUGGAGACAUUGUACAAAUAACAAAAUUUUCUUACGACUUUGAGAAGGAAGAAUUAAUCAUUUGUGGGAAAAGAUACGAGCGAAAAGAUAAUUUAUUUACAAUCCCAUGUGAAUCUUCUUUACUCCAAAUUUAUGUGGUUUCUCAGCUUUCGCAAGAAAAAAUGUGGCCAUUGAACAAAAUUAAAAAUAAAAUGUUCGUAUUACCGUAUAAAAACAAAUUCGUUGUAUUACCAUUGCUGCAUAACGAACAUAAUACAGAGAAAUUUAUUUUGUAAUAUGUAUGUUGUAAUAGGUAUAUAAUAUGUAUAAAAUUUGUACAUUUGUAUUAAAAUAAAAAUAUUGGAAUAUAUA